GUUUCAGACGAACAACACAUACUACUUAAAUCACACAGUCGUUUCAACUUGGAAUGAAUCAGAACAGAAAGGUGCAACAUUGUUUGGAGAAAUCAAAUGCUAAGUAUGUUGACUCAGCAAAAUCCGAUAUUCUUGGAGCGUUAGCCGAAUUCAAGGAUUUGUUGCCGGAUACUGAAAACUUCACCUUCCCAGAUGGAAAAAGAAAACUAGCUUUUCGCCUUCAUGGAACAAUCCCUGUAUUUUACAAGGGAGUUAGAUAUAACAUUCCAAUUUCUGUCUACCUAUGGGAUACACAUCCUUAUUAUGCUCCUAUAUGUUACGUAAGCCCCACACCGACGAUGGUCAUACGUGAGUCAGAGCAUGUGACGAAGCAAGGACGAGUGUUUCUUCCCUACCUCAGUGAAUGGCGAUUUCCAGGUUAUGACUUAAACGGGCUCUUGCAGGUCAUGGCAAUGGUGUUCCAAGAAAAGUGCCCUGUAUUUGCGAAGAACUCAUCAAGCAGUAGCAGCACUCCGACACCUUCAUCAACAACUUCGCAACCGACUCCAUCAUAUCCUGCGCCAUAUCCUUCAGCUAGUCCAUCAUUACCUACUCCUUAUCCAACUACUCCCGCAAUGCCAUAUCCAAAUCAGACACCCUAUCCUACAACAAAUAAUCAGUUUGGGAGUGGAUAUCCGCCAUAUCCUCAACCAUCUAUCUCCACGCGGACACCACCUCCUGUCCCAGCUCCACCAAAGCCAUCUCCUGCAAUCUCAGCUGGUACUCUUCAACCAGAACAUAUCCGAGCAUCAAUACUUAGUGCUCUCGAGGACAAACUGAAAAUGCGUUUGCGAGAGAAAAUCGGCACUUCCCAUGCAGAAAUCACGUCGAUUCGAGAGACUCAGAGUGAGCUACAGGCUGGACAACGGAAUCUUCGUAGAAUGAUUGAUGAACUAGAGAAACAACAGAAGUUGUUGGAGUCCUACAUUUUUGCUCAUCAGGAUAAAAAAGAUGAGCUGUCGCGAACAUUAGCGGAAUGUGGCGGAGAUAACGGUGAGAACAAAACUAUGGACAUCGAUGCAGCGAUUGAUGCAGCUACGCCUUUGCAUCGACAAAUUCUGACUAACUACGCUCAGGAUUUAGCAUGCGAUGAUGUUAUUUAUGCGCUUGGUCAAGCUUUGAGGGAGAAGAAAAUUUCUGUACAAGACUAUCUGCGUUGCGUACGAGAUGUUUCACGAAAGCAAUUCAUCUACCGUGCAACUAUGCAGAAAUGUCGAAAAGCAGCGGGUCUUCCCAUCUAAUUACAUCUCAUACUGUCUCGUCAUCAUAACUAAUAAGUUUUCUAAAAAAUUUCUCUUUCUUCGCCUUCAUUUUAGUUAACCGGUUGUGAGUUUACGCGUCUGGUGUAAUUCGCAAUUUCUCGCAUAUGUUUCUGCAGACUUUUGGCAUGUGUUUUACAAGGUAUUUGCCUCGCAGUAUAGAUGUGAUUACUCAAAGGGUUGUAGACCUGCUAAAUAGAUAUAUUUUCCUGCAAUGGUAAGGUCAACCCUUCCUGUUCAUUCUGCCAUCAAAUUUUUUUCGUUUGCAUUGCUUGUCUCGCCGAUUUUCUUAUCUACAGGGCACGUCUUUGGGGUCCCUGCUUUGUUUUGCUGUAUCUUCAUCGAUUACAAUUCUAUAAAUAUUUUGAAU